AUGGAAAUUGACGUUAAGCACCCACAAAUGGCCCUGUUAGUUGAUGGUUACGAAAUAUCCCAGAAAAUGUCAUCCACAUUCCUCUUGCUCUACCAAUUAGGUGUACCUCCUGAUUUGCUGGAAUCUCCCCAAGAUAGUGCAAUCACCAGGGACAUCAAUCGAACUUUUCCAGCACAUGAUUACUUCAAGGACACUGGUGGAGAUGGUCAGGAUUCCUUGUACAAGAUAUGCAAGGCCUAUUCCGUUUAUGAUGAAGAGAUUGGUUACUGUCAGGGCCAGUCCUUUCUUGCUGCUGUGCUCCUUUUGCAUAUGCCUGAAGAGCAAGCAUUUAGUGUUCUGGUCAAAAUCAUGUUUGACUAUGGACUCAGGGAACUUUUUAAACAAAAUUUUGAAGACUUGCAUUGCAAGUUUUAUCAACUGGAAAGACUGAUGCAGGAGUACAUCCCAGAUUUGUACAACCACUUCUUAAACAUCAGUCUUGAAGCACACAUGUAUGCUUCCCAGUGGUUUCUGACUUUGUUCACUGCUAAGUUCCCACUCUAUAUGGUUUUCCACAUCAUUGAUCUGUUACUCUGUGAGGGAAUAAGUGUUAUCUUCAAUGUUGCACUUGCUUUACUAAAGACUUCAAAAGAUGAUCUUCUAUUGACGGACUUUGAAGGGGCCUUAAAGUUUUUCCGUGUUCAGCUUCCUAAAAGGUAUCGCUCAGAGGAAAAUGCUAAAAAGCUGAUGGAGCUGGCCUGCAGUAUGAAGAUCAGCCAGAAAAAGCUUAAGAAAUAUGAAAAGGAAUACUUGGUAAUGCGGGAACAACAAGCUCAACAGGAAGAUCCUGUUGAAAGAUUUGAGCGUGAGAACAGGCGUCUACAGGAAGCAAAUAUGAGAUUGGAACAGGAAAAUGAUGACCUUGCACACGAACUGGUUACUAGCAAGAUUGCACUCAGAAAAGACUUGGAUAACGCAGAGGAGAAAGCAGAUGCAUUAAAUAAAGAGCUACUCAUGACCAAGCAGAAGUUAGUUGAUGCGGAAGACGAAAAGAAGAGAUUAGAAAAUGAAGCCACUCAGCUGAAGGAGAUGUGCCGGAGAGAACUCGACAAAGCAGAAUCGGAAAUAAAGAAAAACAGUUCGAUCAUCGGGGAUUACAAGCAGAUCUGCUCCCAACUGAGUGAGAGGUUGGAAAGGCAGCAGUCGGGAAAUAAAACUGAGUUGGAACAAAUUCGGCAAAAGGUUGAAGGCUGUGAUCGCUGCAGAGAGCUGUUCAACAAAGAGGGUACACUUAAAAUUCUCAGUACUUCUAAGGAUACCUCAGAUGAAUAUCAAGAUAAAGAGAAAGCAUUAUUAAAGAACCAACUGAGGGAAAUGGAGCUGGAGCUGGCCCAGACCAAACUGCAGUUGGUGGAGGCAGAGUGCAAAAUCCAGGAUCUGGAGCAUCAUUUGGGUCUAGCAUUAAAUGAAGUUCAAGCAGCAAAGAAAACCUGGUUCAACCGAACAAUAAGCUCCAUUAAAACAGCAACUGGUGUACAGGGAAAAGAGACUUCAUAAGAAAGUCAUCUGGGUCAAUGAGGAAAAAAAUAAAUACCAAUCCUGGUCAAAAUGUGCUCACUUCUGAUAUAUACUAGGGGACCAGAAUGUGUGUUCUUGCAUAUACAAUCUGUGGAUUAACAUGGUUAACAGCUCCCAAAAAAAAGAAAAUCCAUAAGCAACAGCUUUUACCUUUAGAGUGGUCUUUAUACUGCUGAUGUUUAACACUCGCCAGACCUGUGCUACAGUAGUUUUGGCUCUAUUCUGUUCUCUUGAGACAAGUGGACACUCCAUUCUACUGUCUCGUUUGAGACUUGCACAACUAAAGGUCAAAUUUAGAUACCAGGAAAACAAGCUCUUUCCACUUGAAAUAAAAGAAAACUAACCAUUAACUUGAAAUAAUUUUUGAUUUUGCAUCUUCUGUAUACUCUUUUUGAUAUCAAUUUGUCUGUUUUGGAAUCAAAAAGUUGGUAAAUAAGCAAAGGAACACAGCUCCACGGACAAGCUGAAUUCAAUGUAGUUUUUAACAUAAGCUGGGUUUCUAGUGGGGAGUCUGUAGAAUGGAGGCCUUUGCACCUUAUAUUAUCUAUUUAUAAUGGUUUAUGUUCUGCUGUUAGGCACAUCCUUUGAGAGUGUCUGAGGGGCACUGAUUUGUACAUAAACGUGAAAGUUUGUUUAUUUUUUAAUUCUGCUUUAUUUUUGGUUUCCUAAUGCUGCCUGGUGUAAUAUUUUAGCACAAGAGCUGAUGUGUCUAUGCUAGUGCUUUGUCUGAAUGUCAUACCACUGUUCUAUUUGUUUGAUGCCAAAUGUGUUGUAACUUCCUCAACAUUACGUGUAGACAUUGUGUUAGAAUACAGAAAUUAGGGUGAACUGUGUAUACUUAAUGCAUUGAAAUAUAUGCUGGUAUAAACUACUGAGUUUGAUUUCUCUUUUUGUCCUUUCGUUAAUACUAAGCUCUAAUGUUGCAAUGUUCACCAGAUGUAAAUGGAAUACUAAUAUGUUGCCUAGCUCCAAUUCCUAGCUUGUUAAUUCUCAAAAAGGUUGCUAUGCAACAGAUUUGGUCCAACGGGCAAGUCUGUUUGGCGUGAGUUAUCGAGUUCUUUUCUUAAGACCAUGUGGUUCUUUCUGGAAUAGUAGUUUUUCAGACAAAGACCCUGUUUAGGGACUGGAGUGAGAUGUUUCUUAGAACAUUUUAGAAUUAGAAGUGAAAUGAUUCUCCUAUAGAAUAGAGUAUGAGAGAUAAUGUCAUCCCAAUAAUUGUUAAAGCAGCUUACUAAUAUUACUGGGUUCUACCUUGGCCAGAGGAUUAUCAAAGAUUCGGGGAUAUUCAUCGUGCGACUAAUCAUGACACAAACCUGUGUUCUACCCCUCUAUUUGGUUACUACGCCAACAGACUGCAACGCUGGCCUGCUAAAUUGUGGCUUUUAUGUGAGUGACCCAUGUAUCACAGUGUACUCAACUCUCAUUAAAUUGCGCAGUUUUUAAAUAAUG